AUGCCCAUCACCAAUUUUCGAGCUGCGGCAGUACUGACGCUAGUAGCAGUGACACUGGGAUAUCUCCUACGCACCCGCGCCCCAGUGAUUCUGGCUAUCCUUGAAAGUGCCCUUGUGGUGGUCAUCUACCGCUUGACAUGGCAUCCACUGGCCGGCUACCCUGGGCCGUGGCUGGCGGCAGCGACUGACUGGUACAGUGUCUACUAUUGUCUCCGCGGGGAUCGACAUCUCGACUUCUACCGACUGCACGAGCAGUAUGGACCGGCGGUGCGGUUCGGGCCCAACCGAGUCUCCUUCCGCUCGGCGCGAGCCCUGACCGAGAUCUACGGCAGUCGAGCGAACACGCAGAAGUCGGCCGUCUACCGUGCCUUCAGCCACUUCUUCACCGUACCCGCCAGCCUGACGACCAUCGACCGGAAGUCCCACGUCCUCAAACGCCGCCUGACCAGUCGGGCGCUGAGCGGCCGCGCCGUCCAGGAUCUGGAGGAGUUGAUCCUGCAGAGCGUGCGCCUGCUCUGUCGGACCCUGACGCAGACGCAGGAGACUCGCGGGGACCCGGACCCCGACAGCCCCAACUCCGCCUGGGGUCCGCCUCACGACCUCACCACGACCCUGCGAUGCCUCCUCUCCGACGUCAUGGGCGACGUCACCUUCUCCCGCCACUGGUCGUUGCAGACCAGCCCGCGCAACCGCCCCAUCCUAAGUCUAAUGGCCCAAGGCACGCGCGGGAUCAACGUGGCCGGGCACAUGCCGAUGCUGCUCCGGACGCGGCUCGAGCGGUGGUGCGCGCCCGCCCUCCACCGCGGGGUGCGGCGCUUCUACGCCCUGUCCGCGGCGCAGGCGGAGUGGCGCGCCGCCCUGCUCGACGCCCGCGACCCCGAGACCGGCGCCGGCUACUCCGCCCGCGACCUGGUCGCCGAGGCCGGCAUCCUCAUCAUCGCCGGCACCGACACCACCGCCACCGCCCUCACCGCCACGCUCUUUUACCUGCUGCACGACAGUUGCGAGGCGUACCGACGCGCCCAGGCUGAGGUGCGCGCCGCCUUCGCCGACCUCGAGGCCAUCCGCAUCGGGCCCGCGCUCGCCGGUUGCACCUUUCUGUACGCGUGUGUCGACGAAGCCCUGCGCCUGUCGCCGCCGGUCGGCUCUGUCCUGCCGCGCGAAGUGCUGCCAGGCGGGCUGACGGUGAGCGUGGACGUGAACGACGAUGAAGGAGGAGGAGGAGGAGGAGGAGAAGGAGAAAAAAGGUACUUUGUGCCGGCGGGCACGGAUGUCGGGGUGCCCGUAUACGCGCUGCACCACGACGCUCGCUACUGGCGAGAUCCACAUGCCUUUCGGCCGGAGCGGUGGUUGACGGUGGCGGAAGACAAGAAGAAGGACGGAAGCAGCGGCUUCACCGCAUAUGCCCCCUUCGGCGCCGGCGGGACCAGCUGCGUCGGCAGGUACCUCGCCUACCAGGAGAUCGGGAUCAUUCUGGCCCGGUUACUCUGGUUGUUGGACAUCCGGUUGGCUCCUGGGCUGAAUGACAGAAGGGAACAGAAGGAUACUACAGCUGCAGCUACAGCUACAGCUGCAGGUCCAGACAGCCGCACAUGGGGUCGCCACCGGGCGGGGGAAUUCCAGACCCGCGAUGUCUUCACCAGUGCUCAUGAGGGUCCGUGGGUGCAAUUCCGGCCGCGUGACGCAGCGGCUGAUACUAUGGCAUAG